UAUUUCUGCAGUGUUACAAAAUAACAGGACUACUUCCUUUUCAAUCCCUUUCGAAAAAUGUUUUGCAAUUUUUGGCGAGUACUGCAAAAAAUUAAUAGUUGAUACAAUGUUAAUAAACAUCCAAGUAGAAAAUACACUUUAUUUAAUCUUUUUGUUAUGAACUGAUACACUUCAUUUACUUGUUUCUUUGAAACUGUUUGUUGAGCUUAAUAAAAGUAUGCUUAUAAAAUCCAUGCUUGUUUGUAGCCCAGGUGAUACUAUUAUUGACUUCAUGAUGGCAGAGUACUGUGAAUUUGAAUGGAGCUGUCGGCAUAUUGGCAUGUCUGAUGCAUCUCCCACUAAGGCUGAAUCAUUAAAUGGCAUUCAAGACAAAUCACUUACCAUCCAGGCAGUUCAAAACUUAAUCCCUACUAGACCAGAAAUAGAAUUUCAGAAAAAUGAUGACAACUUCAUUUUGCGGUUCCUUAAUGCCAGGAAGAAUAAUGUUCGUGAAAGUUUUGAAUUGAUGGCUAAUUACUAUUCAUACCGGCAGAGGAACAGACAGCUGUUUGAGAAUUUUGUUCCACAGGACAUAGGGAUACAACAAGCUCUACAUGAUGGUUUCCCUGGAGUGUUGCCAGAAAGGGAUCGGAAGGGGCGCUGUGUUCUGGUGAUUUUCACAGCCAAUUGGGACCAUUGUGCAUACUCCCUUGAAGUAAUUUAUCGCGCUCUGUUGCUUACUUUGGAGCGACUAAUUGAAAAGCCACGUAAUCAGGUGAAUGGCUUUGUUGUGGUGGUGGAUUGGAGUGAGUUUUCAUUCAGACAGUCCUCCAGCCUGAACCCACGUGUCCUGAAACUGAUGAUAGAGGGUCUUCAGGAUUGUUUCCCUGCACGGUUUAAAGGGAUUCAUUUCAUCAGUCAGCCGUGGUAUGUGGAGGCAGCCCUCACUGUCAUCCGGCCAUUCCUGAAGGAGAAGACCAAAGAUAAGAUAUUCCUUCAUGGGAACAAUCUGAGCACUUUGCAUGAUUACAUUGCAAAGGACAUCCUGCCAGCUGAGCUUGGUGGUGAGGCCCCAAGUUAUAAUCCACUCUUAUGGGCCAACGAAAUGCUGGAGCUACCUUCUGUUGACAAAAUGUGUGGUAUCUCGUUUAAUGAUGUUUGCUGCCCAUCACCCGAAAGGAAAACUGAAAAAUUGGCUACUGGUAAUAAUUUCAGAGAUAAACCGGUUGAGGAGAAGAAUGGUUAUCUUCAGGAGAAUGGAUUGGGUUUGUCUUAGUGAUGAAAUGCAUUUUGAUUAUGACUUGUGAACCUUGUUUUUUAUAUAAAAUGUUCAUUGUUUUUAUAUAACUUUUGACACUAAUAGCAGGGCUCAACAUUUCAGUUCAAAGUGUAGACCAUUCCCUCAAAAUACUCUGACAUUCUACAUAUGUGAAUUUUUAAUGAAAUUAUUUUAUAUUAAUGAAGCUGUUUUCUUUCUUAUGCUUUGGAAAGAAAACAUUCAGUGUGGUGUUGUAUAAAAUUAUAUGGAAUGUUGCAGUAUUAUGUUUCAAUUAAAAUUACUUGCAUAAUACUGGGUUAAUUAUGCUGCAUAUUUUUUAUUGACUGUUAAUAUUUUAUUCUGUGUGAUAUGUUCUAUGUGAAUAUUUUACUGUAGAAUCCAAAACCCAUGCAGAAUUUUCCUUUUCACUGAAAUGUGUAUUUGCAGUUUGCUUUUUCAUAUACAUUAGAGCAGAAAGUUUGAGCCCUGCUUAUUUUUCUUGGUCGUCUUUUGACAUUUAAGACUUCAGAUGUGAGGACUAAUAUGUUGUUGUAGCGUGUGUUGUUACAUGUUUUUUUUAAUGAUUGCUCAGGGCCAUUUGUAAAAGAUGAAAAAAAUCUGAUGAUGUUAUGUGCAGUAUAAUCCUCUUAAGAAGUUCUUUAAGGGACCAGUAUUUUUAAUGCUUAUUGCAGGGGAAAACAUAGAUGGAAAAAGAUUUAGGGAUUUAGUUAUCAUUGCCAAAUGGAUCAGUGCUAGUCUACACAGUUGAGAAAUGCUUGCGAUACAAGUACGUUGUACAUCACAAGGUGAACAGAAAUUUUUUAAAACAAUUUUCUUCCACACGAUUUGUGUGAACAGACUAGAAAUUUAUACACAUAAGAGCAUUCCAUUUGACAUUAAUGUGAUAUAUAGGCAGCCUGCCCAUCUUGACGCACAUAGUGGGGGUUUGAGGCAGUUGCAUUGACUGUGUCUGUGAUGUUUAAGUAUUCUUUAGUGAUACAGUGCAGUUGUAAUAGUUUAGUUAGCAAUAUUCUAUUACAAACAUAAUUUAUAUUGUAAAUAAAGUUAUGAAAUUUAUGUAAUGUUAGAACUAUUAUAAGUAAAAUGCCUCUUUGCUCUAAAAGAAGGCACAAGUGUUAAUAAGGUAUUUAAGAUUUGGAUAUGGUUAUAUGGCAUUUUGAUACACAUUUUAAUUCUACAAAUUUUGUAAACACUCUUUGAAGCAGUAUAGUAUUGUAAUGUCAAAUUUGGUGAAAUGUUCCACUUAAUGUUUGCUAGUCUCUGGACACCUGCAGUGCUUGAAAUGAUUCAGAACUGUUUCUUGACACUAAAUCUUUGCACCUAUAUAUCACAAGUCUUAUGUCAUGAAACACAGGUAAAGAUUAUGUGGAUGAAAAUAUAUACAUGUAACUAAUGUAUAAAUGCAGGACUAGGUGGGAGUGUAAGGCACCUGAAUUGUAGUAAAUUUGAGUGAGGGGGUAGAAAGGUGCCCUAACAGUACAAUUAGACAAAACUUUCAGUGUCUUAUCAUUUAUUUAUCUGUUAGUAUUUUAUUUAUUUAUCUGUUAGUAUUUUAUUUACUGCUUUCAGCUGAAGAUUGUGGAGGUAAAAGAGCUAUUGUAUUUUUAAUUCGCCUCAGUGACAAGUUAAUUAUCAUUUCAAGCACUGUAUAUUAUAGCUUGUUUAUUGAUGACUGGAUGUUGUGACAAUGUAUGUCUUUUUAUUGCACAACCUUGUUAAAUUAUGUUGAGAAACAAACAUUUUUACUGUGAUGUAUGUUGUUGUGAGCCUGUAUAGCUGUGUUGUGUUCUUGUCAGCUCCAGUGAAAUUUAAUGUUUGCCUGAUAUUGUAUUUAAAAUCCACAACUCAUAAUUCACUGCAGGGAACACAUAUCAAAGGCUUAUGUUUUGCCAGUAUUAUAAUUUCCAAUAAUUUUAAUUUUAUAUCAGGCUAGUUUGAAUUGGUGACAGAAUUUUGUGUAGUGUUAAGGAGAUACCUGACUUGUAUUCUUGGAAAUGUGGUUUAUGAGAAAUACUGAGGAGAUUUCAGAUUUAACAUCAGAUAAAGUAAGGAUCAGAAUAAAGGCCCAAACACAGACACUGAAAGACAUUUUUAUAGAUUAAACUAAUACCAUGUUGUCAUCAGGACUUUGCUUCAUAAUCAAAGGCAUCCUAGGGUUGAAUCAUUGGCUGUACUGACAUUUUUCUUGCUGCCACUUCCUUCUUAUAUGUUCUUCCUAAUACAUUAUUCAUAAUUAAGCAAAUCAAGAAAUAAACAGUGUAUGGAUGAAGCUUCAAAUCCUGAUCUGGCUAUAAAUAUAAUUAUUUAUAUAUUUAUAGAUAUAAAAGUUUUAAAUUUCUGUCUCCAUCAUAUCCAUGGAUGUCCUGUGACUCUGGUUCCUGUAGGUCUGUAUGCAGAGAUUUGUGGGAUAUGAGAAUAUCCAUCUUUCCAGAUUGUUCAAACUGUUUUAUUUUCUGUGAUUCUUAUAUUAAAUAAAACUGUUCGCAGUUCUUUCAUAUGGCUGCUGUGUUCUUGUGGUCAGUGUUUAUUUAAAACCACUGCUCUCAGAAACUGCAUUUAUACUGCUUUGGGGGGGGGGGGUUCUUUGGCUUUGUCAGAGUUAACAAAUCUGAUUCAUUGCAGUAAAAUCUCGACUGAAGUCAAAAGAAAGCACAUUGAAUUUUUCAGUUAUUGUACAUUUAUAUGUCAUCUAGCAACAAAUAUUUGACUCUUCCUGUUACGUGUCUUAGGGUCCUUACUGUACUACAAAGUUUUUACAAUUUUAUGUUAACAUUCUCAUGUUUAUAAAAAUACUUUGGUAUUUUAUUUAUCUGGUUUCUGCUUUUUUGUAUAUUUAGCAUUUUCUUUAUAAUGUGUCAAAAUAGUUACCUGGUAUGGAAAGAUAAUUUAUAUCAGUGAUACAAUUUUAUACCUAAGCACCCUUCUCUUGGUUAUCACAGUAAAAAUAAAGAAUAAACUUUAACUGAAAUAUGCUUCCAUAUAAAUUUUUGAAGAUACUCUGUAUUUGACAUAGUUUCCAUGAUAUUUUUCAUCCAUAAUUACACGUGAAAUUAAAUAUAAUUGAAUUUACAAACUGUAA